ACUCUCAAAAAAGUUUGAUCAAACUAACAGUUAUUAAAUAUUAAUAAAACUAAGUGAUUUUUUCAACUCAUUAUAAACUAAAUAAAAUAUUAAACAAAAUUCUUGUUAAAAAUUUGCAAGAAAAAUUAUAAAAAAUCAAUUCAAAAAGUUCUUGCGUUUGAAAUUAUACAAUUUGAAUACCAUACUCACUGCAAACCACAUCAUCUAAUAAUAAUAAUAAAAAAAUAAUAAAAAAAGUCACACUUCGAAAAUUUGCUAAAUCAAAAUCAAAAAUAAAUGAAAUUUUUGGCAACAAAGGAAUUCAUUAUUCUAGUUAGAGAAUUUCAGUAAUUUUAGCAGGUGGCACCAUUGACUAAAGGUUUUGCAAAAAUAAAAUAAAUAAAGUACAUAAGAAUACAAUAUAAAAGAAAUUAUACAAGUAUUUAAAUAAAAAGUAAAAGAAUCAUACAAUUUUCUCAAGACAAUGGAUGAACCUUAAAGAAAAAAAGUGCAAACACUAAAUUGCUUAAGAAAAAAAGUAUUUAUUCUUUAUAAGAGAAAUACAGCAAAUUAAACAAUCUUGAGAAUAUAAAAUAAAUAGACAGCAAAUAAAAAAGUACUAGUGUAACUAGUACCUACCUAAAUAAGUAAUUGAAAACCUUUUAGGCAACAAACGCCUGAUAUUACAACAAAACAAACAAAAGAUAAAUUAUUUUCAAACUUAUCUAGUCCAUAGAAUCUACUUGUGGCAACUGGCAAGAUUUUAAAGUUACCUAAGGCAAGCGAAUAAAAAAAAACUCAAACACAACAACACAUUAAACGUGUCAACCGUUUUUGUAGCCUACGAUUGUUGUUGCUGCUGCUACCACUGCUGAGCGGAGUGUGGACGUGGAGUGUCUGUCAUUCCAAACAUUUCCAACAAACCAGUUGCCAGUAAGUGAUUUUGAAUGGUUUCUGAGGACACCAACUGGAAUAGCAGCGACACAAUGUCCGACACGGACAUGCACGAUUCGAAGAAUGAUAUUUGUGGUGGUGCUUCCAGCUCCAGUGGCAGCUCUGGCACCCCACGAACUAAACCGAAUUGUGCACGUUGCCACAAUCAUGGCUUUAAAAUUAAAUUGAAAGGCCACAAACGCUAUUGCAAGUAUCGCAAUUGUAACUGUGAAAAAUGUCGCCUAACCGCCGAUCGACAGCGUGUCAUGGCCCUACAGACGGCACUGAGACGUGCCCAACAGCAGGAUGAACAGCGCAUAUUACAGAUGCAUGAGGUGCCGCCAGUUGUACAUCCACCACCAGCUUUACUAAAGGCCCACUAUCACCAUCAUCAUCACUUGCAGCAUCAUCUGGCAGAGCAAUUACAUCACCAUCAUCAUCCCCAUUUGGUGGAUGCCACAACAUCAGCAGCUGUUGUGGGUGCUGUACCGCCACAUCAUCACCAUCAUCAUCAUGUGACACAUGCUGCAGCAGCGGCAGCUAUAUCAACAAUACGUUCACCACCCCACAGUGAUCACAGUGUCAAUGGUGGCUCAAGUGCUGGUGGUGGAGGAGGAAAUAAUGGUGGUGGUGGUGGUGGCGGCAACGGUGGUGGAGGAGUCGUUAGCAGUGUUGGCGCUAUUGAACGUAAUGCGGCCGCCUUAAAUGGUAUGGCCAGUAGUAGCAGUAUUGCUUCUAGUUCAACAGCUGGUCCACCGCAUCAUCCCUCACCGGAUCAUCAUCAGCAGCAUAAUAAUCAACAUCACCAUCAUCAUCACCCACAUCCACAUUCAUCGGCCGUACCGCCCACUGCUCAGUCAGUUGAUAGUUCUUGUGAUUCAUCCUCACCAUCGCCUUCGUCUACAUCGGGGGCAAUAUCGUUGCCAGUUAAUCGUAAGAUUGUUCCAGAACAUCAUCAAAAUGGAGCUGAUAUGUCUAUAGGUAAGUUAAUUACUAAACAAUUAUUAAACGACUCCAGUAGACCUUUGAUAUCAUGUAAGUCAAAAAUUAUUGAAAAAUUUAGCUUCCAAUGUUUGUUUUUUAAAUUAACUACUUGCCACAUGACUCCUAAAAGUAAAUUUGCAAACUUUGCCGCUUUAUCUUCUACAUAGUAUCUUCUACAAAAAAAGAAGCAACAAUGAAUAAAAAUGCAGACAAAUUAAAUAAAUAGAUUUUUAAAAAUAUGUACAUAUUCAUUUAACGCAAUGGCAUAUUAACAACAUGUUUUACAAUCAUUUAACGUUCCAUGGUGGCAGACAGACAGACAGACAAUCGAAUGAAGAAAAAAAAAACUAAAAACUCAAACACCGAAGAUAAAAUCCAAAAUAAAAGUGAAACCAAAACAUUCUGUUUAACAAAACAAACCCCGUGACUUUUCAAAAUAAAUCAUAUGAUUUUGUUUUUUUUUUGUGUUUCUGAGUUGCAACAUUGCCGCCAGCCAUAUAAAAUGUCCCUUAUGACUUUGAUAACGAUCUGUAGGCCAGAAAUUAUUUAUAUACUUUUUAUUCAGAUGACAGUCAGCGUGUGUGUAAGAGAACCUCACGAAAAUAUUUAGUUCUUUUUGCAGGUUUUCCUUUGCGCAUAUAAAGUGCAAUAUUAUUAUUUAAAACAAUUGUUAUGUGUUUGCAAUUUGUCUUGUUCUGGGAACUUUUCUAUAAACUAUCUUCUGGCUGUGUGUGAGGAAGACUUUUAGAUUGA